UGGAGCCGGUUGGGUUCAAGGCGUCGGUGAUGGCCGCUGCAGCGCUGCUCUCGGCCACCGUUGAGGUUUCGCCAGCAACAUUCGCCGUCUUCGAGUCCGCCCUGCGUUCUUGCAAAUUUCUAAAUCGAGAGAAAAUGAGAGCGUGCUUUGAGAUGAUGAAAUGUGUUAAGCUGGAAGGCAGUGAUCUGGCUUCCCCAUCAUCAGCCAUGGGUGUUCAGAGAUCGUAUACACCGGUCGUUGUACAAGAAUUUCGUGGAGAAAACAAAGAGACCGUCGGAUGCUCAUCUGAUGGUAAUGAUUCGUAGA